AUGGCCGAAAUCCAACAGACAAUUGCGACUGUGCUAGUGUUUGAUGUGACUGGACUGUCACCGAUAUUUAGCCCGAACACUUCUGCAUGCGCCAAAUAUCCAUCUGCGAGGAGAAACACGCCAAUCGAUGCAGUUUUACUAUAUGUGGUAAAAUCAAGGGUUGAUUUGCUGAAGGCAAAAACAACAAAUACCCCUCAGUCUUCCGGAGGGGCAAUGGUGAAAGACGAAGAGUCGUUGGAUUAUUGGUGGUUUGCAAAUGAAUGGAAACGUCGAUCCUUCGAGUCGAGUAAACAAGGACAAUAG